AUGUAAAAAAUAUUAAUUCUAUUCUUUAUCCUUUUGGCAUAAUCUUUCGCUUUUUAUUAAGAUAAUUAACCAUAUAGAUGCACAGAAUAAUAAAGGGCUAAAAAUUUUAGAUGCACAAGAGAAGCCCAUCCUGUAUGCGGAAUAUAAUAAGGAUCUUAGCCUUAUGAAUAAAUAAAAGUUGAUCAAUCAAAUGUAUGCAUGGCCUGUUCUGAAUUAGCUAAUAUUUUCCUUUUUAUAGGGCCAUGUAAUAGAAUUCCUUCCGGUGCUCAAGUUUGUGACCCUGAUUAUAAAGGACUUAAAAAUUGCCCUACUAAUAAGUAAUAGGUCUGUGGUUAUCGUAGUAACGGUAUUGGUUGGCAUACUUUUCUUAAUGAAUGCAAGGCAUGUUCUAAAUCUGAUGUGGUUUUUUUUAAAUAAGGUAAAUGUCCAGUUAAUACUUUUUGA